GAGAGUCACCUGCCCGACCGAGUCAUGAGGCAGUUUGGACUACGCCAGACUAUCCCACAGGGGUGUGACACUAGUGUACAGCUUCACGGCAUUGAUCGUCGGGGAAAGGGGGAGACCAGCUGGGCGCUGGAGCAUUGGCGUUUCCUUCAGCUAUGGGAGCAACGGUUGGAGUUCAUCGUUGGAGGUGAUCUAAUGCAGGGGGCUAUGGAUCCCGACGAUCCGUACAUGGUGUGGUACAGGCGUAUCACACGACGCUUCAUCAACCCCAGCUACGCACCACCAUCCACACAUUACCAUCCAGCAUAUGACAUCAUUAGCGGAUAUGCGGCGGAUAUGGUGGCGAUGGUUGAUGCGCUAUCAGUCUCCCUUGAGUGCGGACCCACUAGAGCCCAGGUCGAGCAGGUGCGAGAUAUGGGCGUCGCUACCUUACGGAGAUAUGGUCACGCUCAUCUCGCCCACCGGCGGGACGGUCAUGAUGGCAACUCACAGUUCGAUCUCGGCCAGAGCAGCGGUGGAUGUGAUCCUACGUCACCCAGACACGCAGAGGAUUACAACAUCCACAGUACUGCGCCCUCUGGUACCCAGGAGGACCCCUCGUCCAGUCAGCUGACUCCCCCACCGCCCCGAGACCCAUUCACCACCGUCACUCAUUACAGGCGGCGACGUGUCAGACGGAGGGCCGACACUCAGGAGGCAGGACCUUUACCCCGAAUAAAUGAGUCGGGCUAGUAUUAUCUGUUGUAUUCCCUGUUAUUUUGUGUAAUGAUGUACAUAACACUUAUGAAAUUAAUAUAAUAAAUCUUUUUUGAAUGACUCCGUGUGUGCUUUGAAGUUAAUUUGGUGGUUGGACUGUUGUUGGGCUGUUUCGAGUUUUCUGCAGUGCUUAAA